GACCGAGAAGAAGGAUGACGUACCGUGUCGAGGAAAAGGAUGGUGAAGGGACGAAGGAUGACGUGGUUGUCGAGGAAAAGGAUGGUGAAGGGACGAAGGAUCAAUUGGAAGAGGAUGUUGAUGAUGUAGAGAGUGUCCCUUCACUUAAUCUAUCAGAAGAGAAGGUCGUUGUUCCAACUAAGGUGGUUGUUUCUGAUGAUUCGUUUGAGGUUAUGAACUUUUGGGGAGAAGAUCUCCCCGCUAUUGUAAAAGAGGAAGUUGAGCAGGCAGUGAAGGAUGAUUUUGAUGAUGCUGCGUUCGAAAGAUUCAAAGAAUCUGGAGGGAAGGUGAUUGGUCCGUUCACUGUGAAGAAGGGUUACUCAAAUCAACAGUACGAGUUGUUCCGUUACAUUUUCUCUAGCGCCAAUGAUCCGAGUGAAGUGUUAGCCCAUUUUGGGAAGGUUGAGGUCGAGCGGAUGUAUUUCAAAUGCAUGAAACCGGAGACCGAUAUAUCACACAGUCUCAUUGAUUGCUUUGCUCAAAUCAUGAAUUUUCGAGAGAAGAAGCGCAACGGCAUUGGAAGUAAGAGAACUUGGUUUAUGCCCACCAGAAUUUCGAGCAAGUUACUUGGAAGAUCGAUGACUGUGGAGAGGAUGGCGAAGCAGCAAGAGUGGUCCACUCUUUAUUACGAUGCAGAUUUGAGUUUAUGUCACACUAUGGUGGUACCCCUACUGGAUACCGAGAGUGCUCCGCACUGGUUUGCGGCGAAUGUGAGCAUGGUUAAUACAACAGUGGAAAUUAGGGACUCGUUGUCUUCUGCAAUGCAUAAGAGGUCACGUCGGAGCACACUGCGUAGAGAUGGUAUGCACGUGUGUACACGGUUUGCCGUUUUAUUAGUGUAA